GCGGGCACCCCGAGGCCCCGGUCGCUUCGGGAGCGUGGGGUGGGGCAGGGCGGGCCGCGCGGGGCUGCGGGAGUGAGUGGCUGGGGCGCGCGAUGGGGGAGGUGGCCGCGGCCGCGGAGCCCUGCCCGCUGCGCGAGGACAGCUUCACGCGCGGCGCGGGCGGGCGCGGGGAGCUGCUGGCCGCCACCCUUAAAGGCAAGGUGCUGGGCUUCCGCUACCAAGACCUCCGACAGAAAAUCCGGCCGGUAGCCAAGGAGCUGCAGUUCAAUUACAUACCCGUGGAUGCCGAGAUUGUCUCCAUCGACACUUUCAACAAGUCGCCCCCAAAACGGGGCCUGGUCGUGGGGAUCACGUUCAUCAAGGAUUCAGGGGACAAAGGCAGCCCCUUCCUUAACAUUUACUGUGACUAUGAGCCUGGCUCUGAGUACAACCUCGACUCCAUUGCCCAGAGCUGCCUGAACCUGGAACUCCGGUUCACUCCUUUCCAGCUGUGCCAUGCCGAGGUCCAGGUGGGGGAUCAGCUGGAGACCGUGUUUCUCCUGAGCGGGAAUGACCCGGCCAUUCAUCUCUACAAGGAGAACGAGGGGCUGCACCAGUUUGAGGAACAACCCGUGGAAAAUCUCUUCCCAGAGCUCACCAACCUGACCAGCAGUGUCCUCUGGCUGGACGUCCACAACCUCCCUGGCACAUCCCGGCGACUGUCAGCCCUCGGCUGUCAGAGUGGUUAUGUCCGCGUGGCCCAUGUGGACCAGCGGAGUCGAGAGGUUUUGCAGAUGUGGACGGUCCUGCAGGAUGGCCCUAUCUCCCGCGUGAUCGUGUUCAGCCUGUCGGCCCCCGAGGAGGCCGAGGACGGGCCACAGCGGGAAGAGUACAGCGUGCUCGUGGCCAGCAUGCUGGAGCCGGCAGUGGUGUAUCGGGACCUGCUGAGCCGGGGGCUGGAGGACCAGCUUCUCUUGCCUGGCAGCGACCAGUUUGACAGCGUCCUCUGUGGUCUGGUCACCGAUGUGGAUUUGGACGGGCAACCGGAAGUCCUGGUGGCCACCUAUGGGCAGGAGCUGCUCUGUUACAAGUACUGCGGCCCCGAGCCGGGGCUCCCCGAGGCCGAGUGCGGAUUCCGCCUGCUGUGGCAGAGGAGCUUCCCCAGCCCGCUGCUGGCCAUGGCCCACGUGGACCUGACCGGGGACGGGCUGCGGGAGCUCGCCGUGGUCUCCCUGAAGGGCGUGCACAUCCUGCAGCACAGUCUGAUUCAGGCCUCGGAGCUGGUCCUGACGCGGCUUCGGCACCAAGUGGAGCAGAGGAGACGUCAGUCACAAGUGCUGGGGGACAGGGUGGGCCCGGGGCCUGCUGGGACGUCAGCCUCCUGAGCACCCACCCACUGCCCCCCAUUGGGGUGCUCACCUCCAGGCCCUCCUGGGGGGCAAGAGUCCUGAAGGAGGGCAUGCCUGUCCAGCCCCCAGGGCGCCCUGCGACCUCACCUAGCGCACUCCUCUGUGCCUCAGUGUCCCCAUUGCAAAUGGGGUGGUCUCACCCAGCCCCCCUUCCGCUGCAGGUGAGAACUGGCCAGCCACCGAUUGUUUUAUGUCCUGAGGAGCUGGACUUCCUGUUGUCUUUAUUCUUUUGUUCAGCAAGUCCUGAGAGCCUGGUGCCAGGUGCUGGGCUGGACUCGCCCAGAAGAACGGAGGGAGGGACAUGGGAGAGAGGAUCCAGGGAUAGACCAGAGGCAGGACUGAGAAGAGGCCGCAGUGUAGACCUUGGAGGAGAGAAAUGAGGCUGGGCCCUCGCCAAAACGCUGAGGUUAAACCUCUGUGGAAAAGACCAGACUACAGGGCAGCGGUUUCCAGCCAGUGCCGCGAGAAGUGUUAAAGCAUGCAGUACCUGACUGUUUAGACAGGGCACGGACCUCUUCCCCUUAGAUUGUCAA